UAUACGAUCAUCAUCACUACAAGUGCCUAGCUAGAUCACUUAAUUUCAGGCAAUCGGCGAAGAACCUGUGACGAUAUUAAUUUGUGAUUGGACCCCUCAUUAUGUGAUUCUGGGGCACUUUAUUUAUACAAACUUUGAAAAAAGAAACUGAUUUUUAUCAAAAUGAUCCGUAAUAUUUAUUUUGUUCUUCAGUUGGGAUGUUUAGUGUCGGUAGUUUUAUCCCUUAGUAUUGGAGUCGGGAAAAUUGUUCAGAGAAGGGAAAAACCAGACCGAGUACGUCGCUCACCCCAAGAUGGCAAUGACUUACCGCCCCUUCCAAUGACAAGUGGAUCAAACCAAAGAGGAAGUUAUCAAUCUUCAACAGGAUACGGAAGUGACGCAGGAAUUCAAAUACCGAAUUUCGAACCCGAAUAUCGCUCAUAUGACGUUUCACAAGGACAAAGCAGUUCAGGCCAAACAGAUUCUGGAAGUAGCAGCAGGAUCUACAACAGUCGACCGGACACUUCAAGGCAAACAGUGCACGAGUCCAGGGGAAGAACUUCCUAUACUAAUUAUAAUCCUGGUAACACGGGUGGCGGAACUACUAUUUAUAGAAACAGUGGCGGUAGUUAUUAUCCGUCUGGAAGCGGUUCUGUGGUUUAUCCUGUAAGCAGGGGCCGCGGAACGUCGCCUGUCACCGGCAGAAUGUCCAAUGACCCGAAUUGUCCGGCGGCUAGCGGGUAUGACGUUUACAUUAACGGCUUAAGGUGCAAUGAGGCCGUCCGAAGUUUAGGGAAGUUUAUUUGUUACACGUAUGAAAGAAGUUCCAAAGACUGCUGUGAGUCGUGCCUUGCUGUCAAACAAAGCUACAACAGAGGAUGUGAAUAUGGAGACCGAAGUUACCAAUGUAGAAACAUUGAGCCAUUCGAUUGUUAUGUGGACAGAACCCGGGAAAUCUGCUGUGAUCGGUGCGCUCAAUACUUACGUCAGCUUAACACAGGGGUUUCAAACUGUGCCUAUGGUGACCUGACCCCCCGCUGUACAGUCGUCAACCAGAAGCGCCAUCUAUGUUAUUUACCAGAGAAUCAGAGACUGUGUUGUAUUACAUGUCCACGAGUUGCAACCGAUUCUACCCCAGGCUGUCGGUGGGGUGAUCAGAACCCUGAGCUUUGUACACCGUAUACCCCUGACGGUCAGCUGAGGAUCAACUGUUACCAGAGCUCAGUCAGUCAGGUGUGCUGUAGAACAUGUGACCACAUCAGAAACAGCGUCCGCAGCCCUGUAGCGGGUUGUGAGUAUGGGGAUAAGCCAGUAUCGAUUAACACACCGAGAGGCACGCUGAACUGUGCGGAUUACAUUCACUACGCCGGAGUAACGGCGUGCAACGACAGUGAAAUUAGGAGUUAUUGUUGCCAUACAUGCUACAGGUACCAGCAAGCGAGGGCAGGGAGUGGUCAGUGACGUCAUAGUGACGUCACAUCGGACGGAGUGGUGUCUGAAGAUUAGCCUGGUUCCCUGUCCCUGUUGUGUUACGAGUACUCUGUCAGGGAAACAGGCUAGAUGUUGAUGAAAUAAUGGAGACACGUUGAAUUUAACUUUUUACAAACAAAUAAUGACUAAUUCGUUGUACAUAUGUUUUUUUUAAAGGAGAAAUUUAAUUGAUAACUUAUCAUCCACAUUGUACACUUUGUUAUUUAUUUCAUAUUAUUCCAAAAAAAUGCUUAUUUGUUGCAUUAAAUUUAUUUAUCAUUUUUAAAUAGGCAAAAAUAGUAUUUUAUCUUUCUAUUAAAUCAUUUAAAUCUAGUUUUCAUGCCUAUGUCAAAUUUACAAGAGUAAAUUAAAGGGUUUUUUUUUAAUUCAAAAUCUUGAAUUUAUUAGGGAUGGACAUACCUAUUAAAUAAUCUCGUAACGAAUCUUCCUGUUCAAUAUCUAUUGACUUUAUAUCUCAGGCUAUUUGACAGAAGAAUGAAGGUAAUAAUUUUCUAUGAUGAAUUACGUAUUUCUGAAAUAAAAUAUUGAUGUUUUGUUAAGGCUGGGAGCGUUUAUAGAUUCAACUUAUCUUAUUAUUAACUCAUUAAUUCAGUGAAUUUAAGAAUAUCCAUGUAUCAGUCAUGUAUUUAUAAUAAUUUUAUUUUUGUUUGUUUGUUUGUUUUGUUUUGCACACUGCAUGAUUGUAAGGAAGAUUUAAAUUUGUAAUAAUCUUAGUACAUCUCAUCAGAAUAGAAUCUAUGAAUUGUUGUUAAAAAGUCAAGUUUCAAUUUUUCUAAGUUAGUAGAUUUGGAAUAAUCAAAUGUACAAUUAUUCAUGUAAUGUCAAUUAAAAAUUAACAUAUUUGUGAUUUGAUAUUGAAUUUCAUAAAUAAUAAAUUCAACGAAAAAGUUA